AACUAUCGUAAGCCCGCAGAGCACGAUCAGACUAGUCUCAGUGCUUUCCCGUUCCCAGUCCUCACUUACUCCUUGACUAGAAGAAAAUAAUGGCGUCCAUGGCGUCGGUUCUCCGGCGUAAGCUCCGUGUGCAGCCGUUUCUUCUCCAGCUGCGUUUCUUCUCCGCGGAAUCGCGUCCGCAGCAACGGAUAGAGAAGAUUCUGGUAGCCAACAGAGGAGAGAUUGCUUGUAGGAUCAUGAAGACUGCUAAGCGCCUAGGGAUACGAACCGUCGCCGUCUACAGCGACGCUGAUAAGGAUUCGCUUCAUGUGAAAUCCGCUGACGAGGCCGUUCGUUUAGGUCCACCUCCCGCUCGGUUGAGUUAUUUGAACGGUUCGUCGAUUGUGGAUGCUGCAAUUCGUACUGGUGCGCAGGCUAUCCAUCCAGGUUAUGGAUUCUUAUCAGAAAGCUCAGGGUUCGCUAAACUUUGCGAAGAUAAGGGUCUUACUUUUGUUGGCCCUCCAGCCUCAGCAAUCCAGGAUAUGGGUGAUAAAAGUGCAUCAAAAAGGAUAAUGGGUGCGGCAGGGGUGCCACUUGUACCGGGAUAUCAUGGUAGCAAUCAGGAUAUUGAAUUUAUGAAGUCGGAAGCAGAUAAAAUUGGAUAUCCUGUUUUAAUCAAGCCAACGCAUGGCGGUGGAGGAAAGGGAAUGAGGAUAGUGGAGACUCCAAAAGAAUUUGCGGACUCAUUCCUUGGCGCACAGCGUGAGGCUGCUGCUUCUUUUGGUAUAAAUACAAUAUUGCUAGAGAAGUAUAUAACCCAGCCGAGACACAUAGAGGUCCAGGUAUUCGGAGAUAAACUAGGCAAUGUACUGCAUUUAUAUGAAAGGGAUUGCAGUGUGCAAAGGAGGCAUCAGAAGAUUAUUGAAGAAGCCCCUGCUCCAAAUAUAACUCAUGACUUCCGCUCCCAUUUGGGUCAGGCUGCUGUAUCUGCAGCUAAGGCUGUGGGUUACCACAGUGCUGGAACUGUGGAGUUCAUUGUGGAUACUCUCUCUGGGAGGUUCUAUUUUAUGGAGAUGAACACCCGUCUGCAGGUUGAGCAUCCUGUGACUGAGAUGAUUGUUGGUCAAGAUCUUGUGGAAUGGCAAAUCCGUGUUGCUAAUGGAGAACCCUUGCCAAUUAGCCAGUCAGAAGUACCAUUAUCUGGUCAUGCUUUUGAGGCUAGAAUAUAUGCAGAAAAUGUCCCCAGGGGGUUCCUUCCUGCAACUGGAGUUCUUCACUACUAUAAUCCUGUUCCAGCUUCAUCAACAGGUGAGGAAGCAAUGCAAAUUGUUUAA